UAUAAAUAAAUGCCCUCUGCAAUGUCUCAGUGGUGCUCAGUCUCUCUCAAUCAGUCAUCGUCAUCAUCAGCAUCUUCUGGGAAAGAGAGCUUUCUCAGACUCACAGAGAGAGUCUUAGCGUUUAAGUCAGUGCUCUGUUUUCUCUAAUACUCUCUGUUUUUGACGGUUUCUGAGUUAAGAACAGGAAAUUUCCAAUGGCGUCUACGCUCAGCAGGGACCUAAUCUUCCUGAUCUUGCAGUUCCUAGAUGAGGAAAAGUUCAAAGACACUGCUCACAAGCUAGAGCAAGAAUCGGGAUUGUUCUUUAACCUCAAGUACUUUGAGGAGUUGGUGCUUAGCGGGAACUGGGAUGAGGUUGAGAAUUAUCUUUCCGGGUUCACCAGUCCAGAUGAUAACCGAUAUUCCAUGAAGAUCUUUUUCGAAAUUCGAAAGCAAAAGUACCUUGAGGCUUUGGAUAAGCUGGAUCGCAGCAAGGCUGUAGAAAUUCUUGUGAAGGAUUUGAAGGUUUUUUCCUCUUUCAACGAGGACUUGUUCAAGGAAAUUACUAUGCUCCUUACUCUAGAGAAUUUUAGGGAAAAUGAUCAGCUCUCUAAUUAUAGAGAUACAAAGACAGCAAGAGCAAUCAUGUUUAUUGAGCUAAAGAAGCUUCUUGAGGCAAACCCACUUUUCCGGGAAAAAUUGCAGCUGCCUAACAUAAGGGGCUCAAGGUUAAGGAUGCUUAUCAACCAAAGCUUGAAUUGGCAGCAUUCACUUUGCGCAAAUCCUAGACAGAAUCCUGAUAUAAGAACCCUCUUUUUGGAUCACAGUUGCAAAAACUCCACUGAUUCAUUUGCACAACUAGCUGCAAACAAUCAAAUGAUAAGCUCCACACCAAAAUUUGAAGGUUUUCUUCCAAUGGCUACAAAUGGGCCAUUCCAACCACCGUCAACAUCAUUUCAGACACCUCUCACAUCAUGGAUAUCAAAUCCCUCAACUACAACUCAUCAAGCAGUUUCUGGAAUUGGUAUUGGUUUUGGUACUGUAACAAAUCCAGCUAUGGCUGCAGUUUCAAAGGGUCUUGGGGAUAUAGAUGAUAUGUCAAAAACAAGGUACCCUGGGGGUUCAGAUCGGGCAAUGUUUCCAGUAACCAAUCCUGGUCAAAGUCACAGCAUGUUGUUUAACCUAACUGAUGAAUUGCCAAAGACUGUAGCACGAACAUUAAAUCAGGGAUCAAUUCCCACAAGUAUGGAUUUUCAUCCUGUUCAACAGACACUACUUCUAGUUGGCACCAUUUUGGGCGACAUAAGUUUGUGGGAAGUAAGUUCCAGGGAGAAGAUGGCUUCAAGAAAUUUUCAGGUAUGGAAUAUUGGAGCAAGUUCUCUGAUAUUAAAGGCAACUUUAAUCAAAGAUCCAUGUGUCUCGGUUAAGCGAAUAGCAUGGAGCCCUGAUGGUUCUUUAUUUGGAGUUGCAUAUUCUAAACACAUGAUGCAACUAUAUACUUAUCAUUCUGGGAAUGACAUUCGCCAGCAUUUGGAGAUUGAUGCUCAUGUUGGUAGUGUGAACGAUCUUGCGUUCUGUCACCCUACUAAGCAACUCUCUGUUAUAACUUGCGGUGAUGACAAGACCAUCAAGGUCUGGGAUGCAGCUACUGGUGCAAAAUUGUAUACUUUUGAAGGUCAUGAUGCUCCAGUUCAUUCUGUGUGUCCCCACUGCAAAGAAAAUGUUCAUUUUGUCUUUUCAACAUCAGUGGAUGGAAAGAUAAAAGCAUGGUUAUAUGACAUGAUGGGAUCCAGGGUUGACUAUGAUGCUCCUGGCCGCUCAUGCACUACAAUGGCUUAUAGUGCUGAUGGGAGAAGGCUUUUUUCAUGUGGAACCAGUAAAGAUGGUGAGUCACACAUUGUUGAGUGGAAUGAAAAUGAAGGUCAUGUGAAGAGAACCUACCAAGGAUUAAAUAAACGUUCUCUUGGAAUUGUUCAAUUUGAUUCAACCAAGAAUCGGUUCUUGGCUGUUGGUGAUGAAUAUACAAUUAAGGUUUGGGAUAUGGAUAAUCCCAAUCUUUUGACAAGUAUUGAUGCUGAGGGUGGACUACCAGCAAGUCCACGUAUCCGUUUCAACAAGGAAGGGACAUUAUUGGCUGUUUCUGCAAAUGACAACAGAAUCAAAAUCUUAGCAACAGUUGAUGGGAUGCGGUUGAUGCGUACUUAUGAAAAUCAUUCUCUUGUUGCGGCAAGAAGUGCCUCUGAGACUGUAACAAGGAAUGGAGACACAAGAAACUUGGAGAAUGUGAAACCUAAAUUAGCUGAAGAAGUCAACCAAACAAAGAUUUGGAAGCUCACUGAAAUUAGUGAACCUGCUCAGUUUAGGUCAUUGAAGCUCCCAGCUCGAGUCAAAUCAGACAAGAUCUCAAGGUUGAUUUAUACUAAUUCAGGUACUGGUAUUUUGGCAUUAGCAGCAAAUGCCAUCCAUCUACUCUGGAAAUGGCAACGAUGUGACCCUAAUUUGAGUGGCAAGGCAACUACCAAGGCUUCUCCUCAAUUAGUACAACCACCAUCAGGCAUAACAAUGACCAAUGAUUUAACUGAUGCUAAACCAGAGGACGCUCUAUCAUGUUUUGCUUUGUCCAAGAAUGAUUCUUAUGUCAUGUCAGCAUCUGGAGGAAAAAUUUCUCUGUUCAACAUGAUGACAUUUAAGGUUAUGACAACUUUCAUGCCUCCACCACCUGCAGCAACAUAUCUUGCUUUCCACCCUCAAGAUAACAAUAUAAUUGCAGUUGGCAUGGAUGAUUCCACAAUUCUCAUAUAUAAUGUCCGGGUAGAUGAGGUUAAGAGCAAACUUAAGGGUCAUUCUAAAAGAAUCACUGGCCUGGCCUUCUCACAUGUGCUCAAUGUGCUUGUUUCUUCUGGAGCAGACGCUCAGAUUAUUGUGUGGAACUCUGAUAAGUGGGAGCGACAGAACAACAGUUUCUUGCAGAUUCCAGCUGGAAGGACAUCCAUGGCAAUGUCAGAUACCCAAGUUCAAUUUCACCAGGAUCAAAUACACUUCCUUGCUGUACAUGGGACGCAACUUGCCAUAUAUGAAACAAAGAAACUUGAAUGUGUGAAGCAGUGGGUUGUAGAAGAAUCUUCACCGCCAAUCUCCCAUGCAAUAUUCUCCUGUGAUAGCCAGUUAAUUUAUGCUGGAUUUUUGGAUGGAACUGUGCGUGUAUUUGGUGCUUCAAAUCUCCAAUUACGAUGUCAGAUUAAUCCUACUGCUUAUCUUCAUGUCAGUUCUUCAGUAUAUCCACUAGUGAUUGCUGCAAAUCCACAAGACCCAAACCAAUUUGCCAUAGGACUAACAGAUGGUGGGGUUAAUGUAUUUGAGCCACUUGAAUCUGAAGGAAAAUGGGGUGUGCUGCCACCUGUCGAGAAUGGAUCACCAAAUCGCAUUCCUACCAUGCCUCCGCUAGUUACCUCUGGUUUGGACCAGCCCCAGUGCUGAUGGACAACAGAAAAAAAAUUGCAUGUUGCUGAUCUUAGUUUAUCAGACUAUUUCUGCUUCUUUAGUUUAAUUCUCAUAUUAGCUAUCAGCUUUAUAUGUAGUAUGCUACAAGACUUAAUUGGGGUUAUCCUAAUUGAACCUUUAUACAUCUCUUUCUUAUAGAA